UUGCCAACGCCAACUCUUCAUCCCUGGCCCUUAGCCCGACUUCGCAGCUCCCUCCAAUUUCUCUCUCAUGACCGUCUUCCUUCCAAAAGUCUCUUUUGACCAUCGACACCACCAUCACCACGUCUCCCUCUCCUUCUUCCCUUCUUCCUCCAAACUUUCCUCCUGUAACCUGAUUAUUUUAUUAUCACCAUUUCACAUUUCUUCCCUUUCAUAUAUAUAUAUAUAUAUAUAUACACACACACACACACCUUUUUUGCCUACAUUUCCACCUAUAUAUGUUGAUCAAUACUCAUCUUUCUUUGAAUUUCUUUUUCUUGGUCUUAUUCUCUGUCCUUUGAAUCCUUAAAACCCAUUGAAAGGAUUGGAUAACGAAAAGGUGGGAUUGAAGAAAAAGGCAGGAUUUUUAUUUAUUUAUUUGCUGAAAAUGGGUAGCUGCUUUUCAACCACCAAGGUGAGUGGUUCUAACAGCAACACCCCGACCACCACCACCACCACCACCGUGAGCCACCAGCAGCAGAAUAGGAAGGUGUCCACCAAGGCAACCACCUCAGGUAAUAACUCAGUGGCCUCAAAAGAACAGGAGUUGCAUUAUAAAGGAAAAGGAAGCCAUCCUAAUCAGCAGAAACAGAAGAAUACAGAGCAGGGCAAAAAGCCCAGUUCUAGAAGGCAAGGAGGGGUUAUCCCUUGUGGAAAAAGAACAGAUUUUGGGUAUGAUAAGGAUUUCGAUAGGAGGUAUACGCUUGGGAAAUUAUUGGGUCAUGGUCAAUUUGGGUAUACAUAUGUUGGCACAGAUAAGUCUAAUGGCGAUCGUGUGGCGGUUAAGAGAAUUGAGAAGAACAAGAUGGUUCUUCCAAUUGCUGUUGAAGAUGUCAAACGAGAAGUAAGGAUAUUAAAAGCUUUAGCUGGCCAUGAGAAUGUUGUGCAAUUCUAUAAUGCAUUUGAGGAUGAUUCUUACGUAUAUAUAGUGAUGGAGUUGUGUGAAGGUGGAGAAUUACUGGAUCGUAUUUUGUCCAAAAAAGACAGCCGAUAUACUGAGAAAGAUGCUGCAAUAGUAGUACGUCAGAUGCUAAAAGUUGCUGCUGAGUGUCAUUUACAUGGUUUGGUACACCGUGAUAUGAAGCCAGAGAACUUUCUUUUCAAGUCACCAAAGGUGGAUUCAUCCUUGAAAGCAACAGAUUUUGGUCUUUCUGACUUCAUCAGACCAGGGAAGAAAUUUCAAGACAUUGUUGGUAGCGCGUAUUAUGUUGCUCCAGAAGUACUGAAGCGCAGAUCGGGUCCUGAAUCAGAUGUAUGGAGCAUUGGCGUUAUAACAUACAUUCUACUCUGUGGGAGGCGCCCCUUCUGGGACAAAACUGAGGAUGGCAUAUUUAAGGAGGUUCUCAGGAAUAAACCUGAUUUUCGUCGUAAACCGUGGCCAAGCAUAAGCAACAGUGCUAGAGACUUUGUAAAGAAAUUACUGGUGAAGGAUCCUCGUGCCAGACUUACAGCUGCUCAAGCAUUAUCUCAUCCCUGGGUUCGAGAAGGAGGUGAUGCAUCGGAGAUACCAGUUGAUAUUUCUGUUCUCUCCAACAUGCGGCAAUUUGUAAAGUACAGUCGUCUAAAACAGUUUGCACUAAGGGCUUUGGCUAGCACACUUGAUGAGGAGGAAUUGGCUGAUCUCCGCGAUCAGUUUCAUGCAAUUGACGUGGACAAAAAUGGAUCUAUAAGUCUUGAAGAAAUGAGACAGGCCCUUGCCAAAGAUCUUCCUUGGAAAAUGAAGGAUUCACGUGUUCUUGAGAUUCUUCAAGCAGUAGAUAGCAACGCUGAUGGGCUUGUGGACUUCUCAGAAUUUGUUGCGGCCACUUUACAUGUCCAUCAGCUGGAGGAGCAUAAUUCAGAGAAGUGGCAACAGAGAUCACAGGCUGCUUUUGACAAGUUUGAUGUUGACAAGGAUGGAUACAUAACACCAGAUGAACUCAAAAUGCACACGGGUUUACGAGGCUCUAUAGACCCACUCUUAGAGGAAGCGGAUAUCGACAAAGACGGAAAGAUAAGCUUAGCAGAAUUUCGUAGACUGUUGAGAACUGCUAGUAUGAGCUCACGAGUUGUCAGUAGCCCAACUGUAAAUAAAGUUCCGCGGAAGUUAAUAGCUUAAUACAGUUUUGCAUCUUUUGGUCUAAUUGAGGAUGUCAAAACAGUUGGAUUUCAUCUCACUUGUUAAAAAUUGUUCGGCAAAUCAAUAUUUUACGUGUUCGCUCUCGCUCUCAUGCUUUUGGAAGGUAGUUGUUAGAGGGACGUAUGCAAAGUAUCAUUUGAAGGGCACCCCAUGUAAAGCUGAUUUGGCCUUCCAAAAGAAAAAUCGGCUAGGUGUGAGGUGUAUCUUUCCUGUACAUUAUAUUUGUUAGCGUUAUGAAGCACCGCUGCUUCCCGCAUGAUGUAUCAUAUGGUGGUAAAUUACUCAAUAAGAUGUGAUAUGGUUGUCCAUGAACUGGGUACUA